AUGAGCUACGGUGGAUAUCAUGGUGGAGGAGGAUAUGGUGGAGGCGGUGGAUAUGGAGGUGGAGGUGGAGGUGGAGGCUGGGGUGGUGGUUACGACGACAAGAUGUCCAACCUCGGCGGCGGGCUGCGCUCAGUGGAUUGGCAGAGCACCAAGUUGACACAUUUCGAGAAAAACUUCUAUAUAGAAGAUCCACGGGUUACAGCUCGCAGCGAGCAAGAGAUCAAUGAAUUUAAACGUGCCAAAGAAAUGAAGGUUCAAGGCCGCAACGUUCCUAGGCCAGUGACCUCUUUUGACGAGGUUGGAUUCCCGGAAUACCUUAUGACCUCCAUCCGCGCACAAGGGUUCGAUGCGCCUACUCCAAUCCAAUGUCAAGCUUGGCCAAUGGCACUCAGUGGCCGAGACGUCGUCGCUAUAUCCCAAACGGGCUCUGGAAAGACAAUAUCCUUCGCCCUUCCGGCCAUGUUACACAUCAAUGCUCAGCCAUUGCUUGCCCCCGGGGAUGGUCCUAUAGCUCUUGUUCUUGCACCAACCAGAGAGUUGGCAGUGCAAAUCCAGCAAGAGUGCACAAAAUUCGGAUCUAACUCCCGUAUCAGAAACACCGCUAUCUACGGUGGAGCACCCAAGGGACCUCAGAUUCGUGACCUUCAGCGCGGUGUCGAGAUUGUCAUUGCCACUCCAGGUCGCCUCAUUGAUAUGCUGGAGACCCAAAAGACCAAUCUAAGGCGUGUUACUUACUUGGUCAUGGACGAGGCUGACCGCAUGCUGGACAUGGGUUUCGAGCCUCAAAUUCGUAAAAUUGUCAGCCAGAUCCGUCCAGAUCGUCAGACUCUCAUGUUCAGUGCUACAUGGCCAAAAGACGUCCAAAAGCUUGCCAACGACUUCCUCAAGGAUAUGAUCCAGGUCAACAUUGGUUCUACAGAGCUGACUGCCAAUCAUAACAUCCAGCAAAUUGUCGAGGUCGUCAGUGAUUUCGAAAAGCGUAACAAGCUAAUCAAGCACCUUGAUCAAAUUAGCGCGGAAAACGCCAAAGUUCUUAUCUUUGUCGCGACCAAACGUGUUGCGGACGAUAUCACGAAGUAUCUGCGUCAAGAUGGAUGGCCAGCACUUGCCAUUCAUGGAGACAAAGAACAGCGGGAACGAGAUUGGGUUCUUGGUGAAUUCAAAGCAGGCCGAUCCCCCAUACUCAUUGCCACAGAUGUUGCUUCUCGUGGUCUUGAUGUGAAGGAUGUAGGAUAUGUGAUCAACUAUGACUUCCCUAACAACUGCGAAGAUUAUAUACAUCGCAUUGGUCGUACUGGCCGUGCAGGCAUGAAGGGCAUCUCAUAUACUUACUUCACGACAGACAACUCCAAGAGUGCUAGAGAAUUGAUCAGCAUCCUUAGAGAAGCAAAAGCCGUUGUGCCCCCUCAACUAGAAGAAAUGGCUUCAUAUGGCGGUGGUGGGGGUGGACGUGGUAUGCAUUUCUUCCCUCUUAUCCAUCCCUUGCAAUGA